AUGUCCGAUGAAGAAAAUUCAUCAAGCACCGAGUUACCGGUGCAAAAUAAGCUGAAAAAGAUGCUGAAAAUGGCUCUUCCCCAUGUUGGGCUCGCCGUCUUCCUAUUUUUGUAUCUACUUCUCGGCGCCUACGCAUUCUAUUAUCAGGAAUAUGAUGCUGAUAAGAAAAUACAAAUGACAAAAUUGAAUUUGAUUCGACAGAGAUAUAAAAAGAUUGAAAACGAAGUGAAAGCGCUGAUUGGUGAUGAGAAAAAGUAUGAGGAGUACAAGCCGAAACUAUUGAAACAUUUAUCUGGUUUGUCAACUUAUCACGAGGGCCGGGAGUUCAAAUCAACAGUUUCUGGGAUCAAUGACGACGCACUACCUCCAAGAUGGACAAAGAGAAGCUCAAUUCUCUAUGCUCUCAGUAUUUUGACAACAACUGGAUAUGCAUACGCUGUUCCUGUCACUCCUAUCGGCCAGUGUUUUGCAAUAAUUUAUGGAUUAGUUGGUAUUCCAUUGAUGGUUUUGGCAGCUGUGGAUUUCGGAAGGUUUCUGUCUCAUAUUGUGUUGGAGAUCUAUUCGAAGUAUCUCGACCUUGUGCACAAAAUAAAAAUAAUGAAAACAGUGAUAAUGGAACGACAUCGUGCACGAGACGAGAAGCGACGACUCCACGCAUUCAAACGACUCGUCCAGGAUACUGGGUCGAUGUCUGAAUGUACAACACAAAAAGAUGUUCAAUUAGAAGAAGAACAGACGACUGAUUCGGAUGAAAUGCCUGAGAAGAGACUUCCUCUUGUCAUAAAUGCAUCGAUUCUUCUAAUUUUCUGUAUGCUCGGAGGUGUUUUAUACAUUGCUGCUGGAGGCAGAGCCACGUUCAUCGAAUCGUUUUUUCUUACAUUCAAUUUAGUGGCGAAUCUGACGAUGAGUGAGAUGCCGAAUGAGUUGAAUCAUAUUCUCACCAUUAUUUAUAUCUUCGUUUUCGUUACUUGUGGUGUUGCAGUGCUCUCAAUGAGUGCUGAACUCGCUGCCCUCGAGCUAAAAGAGCUUUUCAUGAAAAUCCAUUAUUUCGGACGACGAAUUAAUUUUAAAAGAAGACAACCGAAGAAGGAACAAAUGGAUGUUCAAGUGAAAGAACUUCUUAAAAUUAUUGAGGAAAUACGGAAGAGAUAUCCGGAAAAAGAGAAGAUUACUACGAUGGAUAUUUUGGAGUACAUGCAUGAAAAUACAGUAAAUGAUAAGUUGAAUGAGAGAAGAGACACCAUCGCAUUCAUGCCUCAAACUAUGGAAGUCAUCAAGUUCGCAGAUGAACAAGAUCUGGAAGAGAGAAGUUUCUCUCGUCAUGAAGAUGUUGCAUCCCUUGGAGGAAAGGCUUCGACAAAACUCGCAUCUGUUGUCGACGUGAUGAGUUUCUCACCAGAAGAGAAUAUGGAGAAGAGGUUCAAAAAGGAGAUCCGAAAGUACACGACUGAAAUUAAAUAUGUCAACAAGAGAGGGCAGAUCACGAAUAAGGCCGAAAUUUAA